UGAGUAUAGUGGACGGACUGUCGUGCGGUUCUGUGGUCGGUCGGUCGUCGUUUGAUUGUUUUCCUCCUUAUUCGUGUGUUUCAGCAUAUCGAUUAUAGUAGUGUAUUGAUCCGCUGGAAGCCCUGCUAACCGAGCCGCAGUGUACUAAUCAUCGCUAAAGAAUUAAACAACAAAAACAUUGAUCGAUAUGCGAGCUACAUGCCGAGUAGUUCGUAUUAUCUAUGACGCAAAAAGUGUUUCAGUCGUGAGCUAGAAGGGUGUCGUUUCGUGAGUGCAUUCGACAGCAGCAGCCAGCCCUUAGCUGUUGAAAGUGUCAAAGCUUGGGUUGAGGUUUGACGACCAAAAUGUUGGCCAUCAUGUGAUAAAGAUUAAAUCUAGCGUCGGCGGUGAAUGGAGUUAGUGGGGUUUUGUUCGGUAGCCCAAAGUGCCGUGUCUGAUAAAAUCCACGUCGGAUCGGAUCGAUAGAACAUCUCCGCUGUGAACGGUAGUGAGCAAGCUCAGAAAAUCGAUUCAGUAAAUCUGCGAGUAAUGCAUCCCAGAUAGGUCGUCUAAGGUUCCCGAAAGUGGAACAAGAAGGAGAGCUGUAGGAAAAGUGGAGCAAACCGCGGAGAAUAGAUCCCCAAAAAUAUUUAUAAAUAUGCACUGCCCUGCGGCUGUUCGGCCGUCGUCAUUGAUUUGUUGAUCCGUGGGCAGUCAGUGUGUUGUGGCGUUGCGGUGAGUGUGUGUAUGGUAGGAAAUAAGUAAGCAGGGUGGUGCAUCAACCAGAAGUACAUCUCAGUUCGCUGGCCGUACAGUCAGAGCAGUAAGCAGCUGUAGAACAUUCAUCUAUCUGGCUAGGCUACAGCACAUCGCACCAAUCGCCAGGCCAGCGACCAUCAUUGACCAAAAACAUAAGUCAAAUAAUAUUACCUAAUCGGCCUCACCAAUACUGCGACGUGAAGGAGUGGAGAAGGUUCCAUCUUCUUCUGUUCACUCAGCAGCUGUGCAACCGGGGAGUGAUGGUGAGUGACGUAUAAAGGUAAACAUACGACCACCCACAACCUCCCCUGCUGCUAGCGAAUCUGGCAAAGGAAUGGAAAGAGUGUGGGAGUUAGCGGCGGUGCAUUGAAUUGCAUAAUCAGUACUGCACUUUUUGGGAAAGGAGCUCAGUUCGCUCACGUGCACAACGAAAGCUCCUCAGCCGUUCUCAGUCAAGAACGUCUCUAUAGCAACACACACUCAAACAACGGCCACUCACCGCCGCGGCAACCUUACAGCAGCAGCCCAUUCAAAGUGUAAAUAAAAAUAUCGGUACCGUCGCGGCGCAGCGAGCCAGUAGGUACGGCACCAGUCGAUUCGGUGUUGUGUAGACUUCCCACGUAUUCUAUAUAUCCAUUAGGUGUGUGCAUUUGUGGACGAAGAGAGGUAGAAGGAAAAAGCGCAGCAGCAGAAGCACCGAGCGGAGAUUUCCAACGGGACACUCGCGAGUGUAGGUAGCUGGCUGUCGCGCGUAAAUGAGUGUGUGUGCGUGCCAUUCCGUCAACCAUCUUUGAUUCGCUCGCCUGUGUGUGGGGCACCACUGACUGCAUCGUCGCCCUCUGUUGCCUGCUGUCUGUCCCUGGCCUACGGGUUCAGGUCGCCGUCGUCGCCCGUCGCAGCGCAGUCAGUCAGUCAGUAGUACUGCGAAGUUAGGCCUAGCCAGAAGGAGAGAGCUGCGUUUGUACGUGAGUGUCGUGUGAUCGGUCGCCGUUUCAGCUCUCGGUGUACAAGAAGAAAUCCAUUAGUAGUUCAAGUGAGAUUAGAAGUGUAGGUAGGAGCUGCGAGCUUCGUCGUCGUACGCAAGCGGGCGAAAGAGCAGAAGAGAGAAGUUGGCUUGAAUAUGGCUGUGUUUUUAAUUAACAUAUGCAAGUUCAAUGGUUGUGGCAUUACGUUUCCGAGCUUGGGUGAUCUAAUACAGCACAUCGAGGAUACCCACAUAGACUAUGACUCCCAGAUCCUCGGCCAGAAGGAGAAGUCUCAGUCCACGUGUCUUCCAUUGAGCUAUGUGCUGCGGUUCAUCACAGAUCCAUCGCGGAAGGAGAAAUCGCUCACCAAUGGCGCCACCGGGGGUGGCAGCCUAAAGGGUAGCCUCGGUGGCACUGGUCUCAAUGGAACGGGUCUCACAGCAUCCAGUGCUGCCGGUGGCGGUGGUGCCGAUAGUACUGGCUAUCAAAGCACACCACCGGGGACGCCCGGGAGUACCACUUCGUCAUCGCUGCUUGGAGGCAGCGGUGGACUCGGAGGAGGUGGAUCCGCUGGCGGAGGGGGCACUGGAUCCGCCGGGAGCGGCUCCGGUGGAACAGGGGGUGGGAACGCUGGUGGAAACAGUGGCGACGGCAAACUUGCAACGGCAGGAUCGGCUGGUACCGAUAUAAAGCGUAAGAUUGCCAUUAAACACCACAGCUACAGCAUGUCGUCGUCGAAUCGGAGUACAACGCCCACCGGUAGCGAAAUGGACGACGAUGAUAUGAUGGUUUCCGAAUCCGAAGACAGUAACGAUUCUUGGACGACGGAAGAGUUCAGUUCGGAAUUCAUCAUGCGCUAUGGAAGCAGGCGCCAUUCGUCAUCCGGCGGGAACGGAUUAAAUUCGUCUAACGAGAAACCAUUUGCAUGUCCCGUUCCGGGUUGUAAGAAGCGAUACAAGAACGUUAACGGAAUCAAAUAUCACUCGAAGAAUGGCCAUAAAAAGGACGGAAAUCGCGUCCGGAAGGGCUUUAAAUGUCACUGCGGCAAGAGCUACAAGACAUCGCAGAGGCUAAAAAAUCAUCAGCUCAGUGCUCACCAGAAUCCGGUGGUGGAUGCUGCCAGUGGGUCAUUGCAGUCCGUCGUCACUGCCGUAAGCACCAGUGCAACUGUGCAGCAGCAGCUGUCAGGAGCGCUGGUGUCUCCCGUUUCGUUAUCGUCAUCAUCGUCGUCGUCGUCGUCGUCGUCAUCUUGUUCGUCCUCUGUGUCGUCCAUCGUUGCAUCCAUAUGUUCCUCCGCCAACAAUACCAGCAGUAACCAUCAAGCCGGUGGUGGCAAUGCGUCGCUCAACGUGUCCAGUGCCGUCGCCAUUGCCACCGCAGCAGCAACUAGUCAAAAUGCAUCCUCCUCCUCGAGCUCGUCGUCAUCCUCUUCGUCCUCAUCGUCGUCGCUGGCCGGUUCGCCCAACGGAAAGUAUGACAAUCUGGGCAUCCUGACGCCGGCCACAUCCCCCAAGCUGACCCUGAUGGGUGGCACCGGUGGAACGGGAACGGAAAACCUGCUCCCAAUGACCCCGAUCAGUCCAACCGGUGGCAUUGGUAGCAGCAACAGUGGGGGCGGUGGUGGAGGAGGCGGUGGAGGUAGUAGUGCGACCGCUAGUUCAGCGCUGGUAAGUAGUAGUAAAGCUCUGUCGGCGGCCACUCUCGUGGGCCAGCUGCACACCGAAGAGACGUAGCCGAUACUCAAGAAUCUACUGCUGAGAAAGUGUUGAAGGUGAACGUGACCGCAAGCACCGCAUGAUCCUUCGGGUUUGAGCUUGCGGGUUUCGUCUUUUUCGUUGUUUUCUUUGAAAAAAAGAAUCGUUAGUAGUGAAAGAAUAAUACGCUUUUUAUCUUUACCGACACCGUGGUCAAAUACAGAGAGAGAGAUGGGGGAUAUAAAACAAAUAUUAGACAGCAGAAGAUAACCGGCAGAUAUACCUACCUAAGUAAAUUUAAUGCAGAUGCGUAGUUUAGGGCUUCAAAGGUUCACCUAUUCAAGAUGGUUCAGAUUUAGAUUUGAAACAAACACUAAACAUAGCAUAGUAACUUGGUCUCAGAACAGGAAAUAGAUCACCUUAAUACUUGGUAGCAUGUAGAAGGCAUUACACAUAUUCUCUCUCUCUCGCACACACACAGUCAGAAACUAACCACCUCUUUUCACGUCGCUUCUUUUAUUCGUCUGUCUGCGCGGUGGACUUUAAACGCCGACUUUUUUUGUUUUGUUUAUUUAUUUAACUCUAUAGCAAACUCCGUACUUAAGAGCAGAAGCUAAAUUACUGAAACUGUAUUGUCACUGUCGGUUAAGUUUUCGUUCUCGUUUUUUGUUUGUUUUAUGAAAUUUAAGACCUCAUACUUGGUCGUGUCCAAAUUUUGCACUGUUUUAAAAAAAAAUUAGGCAUCUAUUCCCUGCAAUUAAAUUACAUCUCGACGUUCACUGGAAAGAAGAGAAAACGCGGAAAACUAACUAGAACGAUAUACUAAUAUCAAAGAAUAACAAAUCAGAUCUCAGAUUCUCGUUCGCUUGUAGCUUGUUAACAUACACAUUAGGAUGAGAGGAGAACUGUUUAUAGUAAAGGCCAGCAGCGGCAUUGCAACGACGAAAACGAAGAAAGAUUGAUAAACUAUUGAUACCAAAAUUUAAGUCAUAGGAUCUUUAUAGAUAAUUAAUAUAUAUAUAUAUCUUAAAAUCAAUGCAACAGCCUGUUGAUGAAAAUUUAAAAUACAAACAAAACACCUACACAUAGUACACAUAUAGACAAACAAAAUUGUAUAAAAUAUAAAUAACGAAAUUGCAUGAAUGCCAUCUUCCUUCGGUUGUGACGAAACAAGCAACAACAGCUACUAAAACAAAUCAAGAAGAAAAACAAUGAUCACACAAUGGUUCAAAGAGGCUACACACUGCUGGCUACACUUGUAGUUGUGUGCUGCUGCGCUCCGAAGAAGAGUCGGAAAAUUAUUAGCUAAUCAGAAAAUCAGCGCCGAUGGGGAAGGUUGAUCCGGUCUGUCCGGGUCGAACUUGUGCCCACCGACCGAAUUGGUAAACAAAUGCUCAAUACUAGAAUCAGUAUCAAGUACCCAAUCACAACCACAGCGCCACCCAUACGAACAUACAUACAUACAUACAUAACAAUAUGAAAGCACCCAUUUUCAUUGAGAUUAUCAUCGGCAACGUUUGUAGUUUUGAUUGCACGGAGAAGCUGAGCUGCGUUCAUUGUUCAAGCGCAUUAUUUUCUCAUUUUUACUGAGGAAACGCAUCGUUCAUUUAUAAGGUAAUAACGAUUAAUGUAAACAUUAAUAUUUGUGUUGAUUCAAAUGCUGUGAUUUUUACAACCCCCCUUUCCCCCCUGUUUCUCGUCAUCGCCCACGUCGCCAUCCCCCGCAUUUCGAUGUUUGUGAUUUUCCCCAUAUAUUUCCUCAGCUCCUUUCUGUUCCAUCAAAUUUGGAGAGAGCCCUGCGAUGAAAGUCUGAGGUCGAACGAAAGUUAUCUGAAUUAAGGACUUGGAAUUGUGACCACCGGAACAUUGAAUCGAGUUGACUCAAUUUCGUCAGAAGUCCUAGACAGAGUAAAAUUUUCAUGGAAAAGUCAACUCACUUUUGAGCAGUUCCAUGCAAAAUAGCGAAAACAAGUUGAACUGUUGAGUCGACCUUCUCCGAUUUGUAUGAAACUUUGCGUAAUCGUUUGUUGUGGGCAAUGAUUCACAUUUUUGCUAAAAUUCGGCCAUUUUGAAUCUAGUAAUACUUUCAAAAUGGUGCCCUUGAAAUUUUUCAUAAAUUGUAGCACAAAAACGGCUUUUCUGAUCGAAAUGACGUCUGAGCCAAAGUUGUUGACAUUUUUGAUACAUUUCAAGAACGCCAUUUUGAAAAUCUCUUCAAAAUCUUGGCCGAUUUUUAGCAUAAAUGUGAAUCAUUGCCCAUAACAAACAAUUGGGCAAAGUUUCAUGCAAAUCGGAGAAGGUCAAGCUUUUCCAAUUCGUCAUUUGGCGUGGAACUGCUCUUUUGACGAGAAUGAGUCGACUCGAACUUUAAGAUUUGAGCUAUAGGGGUAAGAGGGG